AUGUCAGAUAAAAUUAUUCCACAUUAUUUACGUGAUAUUGAUGAUAACUCAAAUGGUCGUGAACAGUAUCAACAACAACAACAUAUACAAAAAUUAACCAAGGCUGAAGAAAAUUUUCACUUACGACAACAAUAUCCACAAUUUGCUGUACCACCAUCUAUGUACAAAGUGAUUCAUGUCAACAACUAUACAUCAAUGGAAGAAAUGCAUUUAUUGAUCAAUCAUGUACAAGCAUGUACUCAAUUUACCAUCGAUACCGAAUCUGAAAGAUCAAAUGGUCAAUUAGCAUUAAUACAAAUACAAACCAUACCACCUCAAUUGCCAUUAUUAAUAAUAUUAAUCGAAUUACAACAUUUACCAUCAAAUAAAUUACCCACGUAUGUAAAAAUUAAAGAACUUUUUUCAUUAAUAUUUAGAUCUGGAAAUAAAUUAUACUCGUGGGGAGACAUGGACAAAGAAUUAGAACCAAUGCAAGAUUAUCACUUAUUAAAUUGGCCAACAACAGCAUCAUUAAUCAACAUACAAUUAUAUUUUCCGGAUUGGUAUGAGUGGGCACUGGCUCAUUGUGAGUCAUGUAGCCCGGAUCAUCAUCGUCAACAUCCUGAUGCUAUUAAUUAUGAUACUGUUCCUACACAGAAUUAUUCAUUAUCAAGGUGUAUUUGUCAUGAACGAAGUCCAUACCGUCCAGGUGAAAAAUGGGCUCUCCAGAAGGCCUUAAUUUAUGCAGCACACAUGUUCAUCGACAAAUCAAGUACAGUUAAUAAUUGGGCUGCAGGUUUAACAUCCAAUAAUUCAACAUUAUCAUAUGGUCGAAGAAAAAGAAUGAUUAAUUAUGCUAUCUACGAUUGCUUUUCAACAACAUAUAUUAUUCGACCAGUUUUAGAAUAUUGGACAUUCAAACAAUUAAAUGACAAGUAA